AUGUCUCAGUUCACUAAAGAUAUAUUCGUUGAAACGAAUUUUAAAAGUACAAAUGUUUACUUUCGUACAACGACAGAUAUCUUCACUACUACUGAACUUUUAUCAACUCAUGAUUCUGGUACUUUUAUAUUAAAUGAUGACAAUGAAAAUGAAAAUAAUUCAACCGUGGAACAAAGAAUUACAGCACAGCCUCCUCUUAAUAAUGAUGAUGAUACCAAUAAAAAUAUGAAAGAAGUAUUAAAUAAUAAUAAUUCGAAUGCACCCAAAAGUUUUGGUACGAUUAUAAGAAAUGAAACCAUUAGUUCUGAUAUAUCUAUCAUAGAUAAUGUUCAUACUGAAAUGAGUAGCAUAAUUACCAAUAAUAAUCGAAUGGAUACGAGAAAAAGUGUAGAUAUUGAACGACAUAGUGAUAUAUGUAAGGAAAAGAAUAAUAAAGAAAUAUAUAAAAGUAUGGAAAAUCGGAAUGACCGUGGUGCUGAAAAACUUAUUGGACAUCGUUGGAUUAAUGUAAGAAAGUUGGAAUAUUUGGUUAAAAAUGGUCAUGAUCGUUAUUGGAAAAAUGAAAACGAAUAUAACCUUUCCGGUCAACAUAUUAAAAGUUACUGGAUUCGGGUCGGCCAAUUUCAAUUACAUGCAAUUAAUCAUCCCCUUGCUCAAUAUUUGGAUAUUGCUGCCCGAAAUGAAACCCAAGAUGAAUCGGGAGAUAAAUCAUGCCGAGGAAAAAAUGAUUCCAGAUCACAAGAUUCGCUUAUUAUAUCAGAAGAAUCAAAUUAUCAAUUAGAAGUGAGAGGUUCACAAGAUUCGGGUAUGAAAAUUACCGAUAAAGAUUUCGCAGAUCUAAACCUAAACGAUAUUAGUCAAGGACAAGAAUUUCAACUAUCUCGAUGUGAAGGAAAUGUUUCUAAGUACGAGGCAGAAGAGAUAGAAGAGGUUGAGGAGGUAGAAGAGGUAGAAGAGGUAAAAGAGGUAGAAAAAAAAGAUUUUCAUCAAAUGGAUACUGAUAUUGACCAUGCGGAAUCAAUGAAUGCCACAUUUAGUAGUAUAUCUUGCAAUAUCGAUAAUACUGAUAAUUCUCAAGACAUUUCGCACAAAAUCGAUAAAGGUGAAAGUAUUAGUAGUAAUAGUAGUCGAAUGAAUGUUGAUGAUAAUGAUCUUCUUGUUUUCGAAUCGAAUAAUCUUAACGAUGAAAGAUACAACGUUGAUUUUCGGGUGGAUACUACUUUAAAUAACAAUGAUGAUGUUAAUGAUGAUUCAAAUGAAUACAAUGAUGAAUUAUCAAGUGUAGUUCUUCGAGAAACCAUUGAAGUGGAAUCUAUUCACAUACAAGAAGAUGAUUAUUCACUUGACUCUGAAGCUGUCACGAUCGAACAUCUUCCAUAUGUCUCAGUGGUAGUAGGUGAUUCAAGUCAGGAAACUCGAAAAAAUCGUGAAAAUAUUGACGAAAAUAUUGUUGUUGAUGAAAGUAUUAUCGAUGAAAUUGUUGUUGAAAAUAUUGAUACUGAGGAAACCAGCACCGAAGAAAAUUCGGAAACCGGCAUGCAAAAUGAAAUCACGUUAAUUAAAGAAGAUAAAAAUGAAUGCGAGGAUGAAUUUAUGGAUAAUAUGGUUGCUGUCACAGAUUGGGAUCCAUAUGUGGAAUGUAUUGAGGCUGAAAAAUGGGGUAAAGACUAUUCAUUGGAAUGA